CAUGUCGCCGUGCUCGGACACUCACUUCUGUUUGGGACCUACGAAAAAGCUUCUUAAACCCUUUUUUUUUUUUUUUAACAUAUGCCAUAGAGACUCCCUUGUUGUGUUGGUGAAGCCAUGGUCGAGUGUUGUGUGAAGUCCAAGUGGAUGCAGCAGUAGCAUUACAAAGGAUUCUUUCACAGAGGCAAGGAAUAGCACUCAUCUCGCUAUUUUGCUAUGUCUGUGUCCUCUCUUCCGGAAUGGAAACAAGUCCUGUUGGAGAAAAAGAGGCGGGAGGAAGAGGAGCGAGGGAGGAGAGAAAAAGAGGAGGAGGAGAAGUUUGCCAACAUGCCUGCAUGGAAGCGAGGAAUCAUUCAGCGGCGAAGGGGAAAGCAGGAAGUCCUGGUUGACAGGGAGAAGGAAAUAGAGUCUUCUGUCCUUCAGGUGGAUGCUCAACCUCCCUCUGAUGGACUGAGUGACACAGACAGCUCUGUAACUGUCAAUCAAGGAAACGAACAGUUACUCAGUCCAGACCCAGGCCAGUGGGUCGAUGCCGAACCCAAACCAGCAAGUGAGGUGUCUGUAGAAACCAUAGUUCCAGUCCAUAAAAACCCAUUUAUUCGCACACAGAGUGUGUGGAGGAAGGGGAAGGAAGGAGCUGUUGGCUACCACGAAGUGGAACCUAAAGAGAGGGACAAAGAAAAACUAAACCCUAGGAGUCAUGAAGGGGAGAGAGGAAGAGGGAUGAAUAUAGAACUGAAAAUCGAGAGAUUGAGAGAUUUGAGCGAAGGACGAAACAAUGAGAGGAGCAGAGACCGGAGUCAAGGAAGGGAAAAUAACAGAGAGGACAAAGGUCGUAGGAAAGAUGUAGCCAGGGAGAAAGAAUUCCCGAAAGAGGAAAACGAAAGUUCUUUUUCUCCCUUAGUCCCUUGUCUCCGAACCAUCCAUGCAGACAAUAUCAUCAUCAUCGAACAAGAGCGGCAAGGCAGUGACGAGAGACGAGCUAAAUGGAGGGAGAUGGAGGUGGAGAGGUCUGAGGAGGACUCGCAAGGGAAGAGAGGGAUGAAGAUGGACUUGAGGGAGAUUCUGGCCGGAGGAGCAAGUGUGACCGAGAUCCGAGCGUCGGAUGUUCUCAUCAUAAAGCCCACGGCAAGCAUGGAAGAGAGGACCUCCUUAGGUGACAAAGUGUCCGGGAGAGAGAAUGGAGAUUGUACCGCAGAGGGAAAGAGGGAGCUGAGGACCAAAGAGAAAGAGAAACUCUUCGGCCACACCACAAUGAUAAAGGGGAACAGGAGGGAGAGCUUGGAUGACAAUGUUUUUCAUGAAAAAGGAGGACGAGUUAGCCAGCUGCUCACUAAAUUUGGAGAACACCGCAAGCCUCCAUCUAGAUCUAAAAGUUCAGAUAACUUCCUCCGGCCCGGAAGGAGGAAACACUCAGGGGAAAACAACGAUGAACAACCUGAGGAGAGGAUGUCUGAUGGGAGAAACGGGCCACUUAAAGGAGUACCGAAACGCUCUUUUAGUUUUUCUGAUCGGGUCAUCAGCUCUAAGGAGAACGGCUUGGAUGCAGAUGUGUGUUUCAAGAGGAAAACCCGUGAAAGGAUAUAUUCAGACCGGAGUACGCAACGAAGAGAUACAAAGGAGAAGUGA